GAAAUGAGGAAGGAAAGCCAGUAUAAGAAAGCAGAACCUGUACUUCACAAGCUACUCGUGGGUUGAGCUAAUGACUGCCACAACUCAUACGGCUGAGUGUCUUCCCAAACAAAGCUGAUGCUGGAGAUGACAGUCAACGCCACUGGGAUGCAGGGCUUCAACAAGUCUGAGCGCUGCCCCAGGGACACUCGGGUGACGCAGCUGCUCUUCCCAGUGCUGUACACUGCGGUCUUCUUGAUAGGAAUCCUGCUGAACACCGUGGCCCUCUGGGUGUUCGUCCACAUCCCCAGCAAUUCCACCUUUAUUGUCUACCUCAAAAGCACUCUGGUGGCAGACUUGAUAAUGACCCUAAUGCUUCCUUUCAAAAUCCUUUCCGACGCACACCUUGCGCCCUGGCAGCUCAGAGAUUUUGUGUGUACUUUCUCCUCUGUGGUCUUCUACGAGACGAUGUACGUAGGCAUCGUGAUGCUGGGCCUCAUCGCUUUUGACAGAUUCCUCAAGAUCAUCAUACCGUUUAGAAAAACUUUUGUGAAAAAGACUGCUUUCGCAAAAAUAGUCUCCAUCUCUGUCUGGUCCCUGAUGUUCUUCAUCUCCCUGCCAAACAUGAUCUUGAACAAGGAGGCAACGCCACCGUCCGUGAAGAAGUGUGCGUCCUUAAAGACUCCCCUGGGGCUGCUGUGGCAUCAAGCAGUCAGUCACACAUGCCAGUUCAUUUUCUGGACUGUGUUUGUUCUGAUGCUUCUGUUUUAUGUGGUGAUUGCCCAAAAGGUAUACAACUCCUACAGGAAGUUUAAAAGCAAGGACAGCAAGCACAAACGGCUGGAGGUGAAGGUAUUUGUCGUCAUAGCUGUCUUCUUUGCCUGCUUUGCCCCAUUUCAUUUUGUCAGAGUACCAUACACCUACAGCCAAACCACCAAUAAGACUGACUGUAGAUUAGAAAACCAGCUCUUUAUCGCUAAAGAAGCAACUCUCUUUCUGGCAACAACUAACAUUUGUAUGGACCCCUUAAUAUACAUAAUCUUAUGUAAGACGUUCACACAAAAGGUACCGUGUAUGAGAGGGAGAAGGACAAGGACAGCGGCGUCAAGCGAAGAGCGCCACAGUAGUCAGACAGACAACAUCACCCUAGCCUGACCACUCUGUCCCACAGGUUAACUUCACCCAUGGCCUCCCGUGUAUGUAAGGAUGGGACUUCAAAAGAUCAUUUCUAUGGAGACUUCACUUAAGCAUUACAGGAAAAAGGAGGGGAACAGACAGUUUCCUACAUUUUAUUAUCCUAGUGCACGGGUAAGAUUACGCCCAUUUUAACCACAUAGAUGUAUGUAUUUAUAAGCGGGAUAAAUUAACAUUAAGAGAACGUGUAAUAAAGCAAAUGGCCACUAGAUGUCACCUUUUCAAGAGCAUUCAUGUGAGAUGGGAAAAAGUUAAUGGGAAACAGGUUUGCCUGAAAAAAAACCUUCCUUCUAGUUACCAUCCCACGUUCUCUCACACACAUAAUUCCUAAAACAUCACGCUGGGUUUUACAGCCUUCAGAAUGCUGAUACUUGUGGACCUAGACCAACAAACUUGCAUAUCCAGUUCCUGUGUAGGAAGGCUAAGGUGGGGGCCAAAAGAGAUACAGUCUGAGGAAUCAAAGUGGGUCAAAAUAACCCCAGGAAUCUCAAAAGAUUUUCUCCUUACAAGUGCAAAGGGUUGCUCCUACAUCUAAACAGAGCACCAGAAGAGCGGCACAUGCGACAGGCAAAGCCAGUUCACAGCCAUGUGCAAUCUGAAAGGGGCGAGGUAGAGUCAGUCAGCAAAACCUUCCCAGGCAACAGCUUCUGCACCUUGUUGGAAAAUAAUUAUUCCCCUCACUGCUUAUCUAUAUGUUAGGGUCCUUGUUACACACUGUCUUAUAUUAGUUGCUUUAAUUCUUGACCACAUUUACCAGAGACAAGGUUCUUAAAAAAACAGCUAAAUCACACAUUUUUUAUUAUCUUCCAAAGUUCCCGCCCCAUCUCCCCCCAAAAAAGGACUGCAGAUAUCCUACACAGGAUGUUCUAUACUAUCCUAAGUGCACAUAAGCAAUGGAAUGGUUGGCCUAUGAUUAGUAAUAUCCAUGUGGGAUGAUUUUUCAAAGCCUGGUUCAUUUUAUUUGGGCCCAUCUACUUCUCUGGAACUCUUUAUGGCUUUAAGAAAAUAAAAGCAAAGUAUGUGGCUGGUGAUGCUGGCUUUUCUAGAGAACAUGAAGACUUCCUCUAACCACCGUGCCUGUAAUAUGAAAUCUAGGCUUCUCUCCUUCCGUGGCCUCAGAGACCACAGAAGCAAGAGAACUUCUUGUCUUUCUGGAAUCAUUUGCUAACCUUGACCUUUACAGGCUCAGUUUAAUAAUGACAUGUUUUGUUCGCACUCCACUGUACACCGAACCUUCCGUCUGGCUCACUUUAUAAGUUCCUAUCGAUUAGUGAAACCCAAAAAUCGCUAUCCCUUACUCCAGUAACCUCACCUGCCCAACCUCCCCCCAUCCUUCCAGCCUAGUCACUUCCUCAUCUGGGUGACAUCAUUCCUCAACUAUUUAUCACAUUGAUUUAGGAUAAUUCGCUAAAUAUGCACUGUGCAAUUAAUAAAUAUUUGCUAAAACAAA